AAAUCCGCCAAAAGAAACAGAUUUUGGUUUGGUUACACUUUGUUGACUAAUUUCAGCAUAUAGUUCAAAGAAAAGGUACCGUAGAACUGGAUAAUUCCACCACUUACUUCCUUCAUUUCACGUUUUUCAAUGCAUUCUUCUCACUCUAAUCAUCAUUCCCAUCUUAAGACCCGCAUGCAUUUAGCAGCAGAACCUCCUCACCUCAUCCCCACUUCAGCUUUUACACGCAAAGCCAUAUCUCCCAAAUGAAGAUCUUGUGACUGAUAACCUCCCUUUUUCUUUAAAAGUGGACACAGAUUCACGUGCCCAUUGGAACAGAAUUUGGUUUUUUCCUGAUUAUAAUAUAAAUUCCUUUGUGGGUUCGUUGAUUUGCUUUGAAUUAAAAGGGGUUGUUGAGUUUUGGCUUUUGGGGGAAGCUUUUUGGUGGUUCUUCUGAGAUGGGUCGGUGGGGUUCUAGUGGGGUUUUGUUUCUGUUUGGUUUUCUCUGGUUACUCAGCGGCGGAGCUAAGGGGUUUCCAAGUGAAGAUCUGGUGCUGCGGCUGCCGGGUCAACCGCCGGUUAGCUUUAAACAGUAUGCUGGGUAUGUUGACAUAGAUUUGAAAAAUGGGAGGAGUUUGUUCUAUUAUUUCGUUGAAGCAGAGGAGCAGCCAGAGAAGAAACCUCUCACUCUGUGGCUCAAUGGAGGUCCUGGUUGUUCUUCUAUUGGUGGAGGUGCUUUUACAGAGUUGGGUCCUUUUUAUCCCAGUGGGGAUGGAAGAGGCCUCAGGAAGAAUCCCAUGUCUUGGAAUAAAGCUUCAAACCUUCUCUUUGUUGAAUCUCCUGCUGGAGUGGGAUGGUCAUACUCAAACACAAGUUCAGAUUACAACUGUGGGGAUGCCUCAACUGCCAGGGAUAUGCAUAUGUUUUUUAUGAAUUGGUAUGAGAAGUUUCCAUCAUUUAAAAGCAGGGCGCUGUAUCUUACUGGCGAAAGUUAUGCAGGGCAUUACAUACCACAGUUGGCUAUUGCUCUAUUGGAUCAUAAUGCAAAGUCCAGCGGUUUCAAGUUCAACAUCAAAGGAGUUGCUAUUGGGAAUCCUCUAUUGAAACUCGAUAGAGAUGUUCCAGCAACAUAUGAGUAUUUUUGGUCACACGGAAUGAUUUCAGAUGAAAUUGGCAUUACCAUCAUGAGCGAAUGUGAUUUCGAGGAUUAUACUUUUGCAAGUCCUCACAAUGAGUCACAUUCAUGCAAUGAAGCCAUAUCCAUAGCAAACCAAGUUGUUGGGAAUUACAUAAACAAUUACGAUGUCAUACUUGACGUGUGCUAUCCAUCUAUAGUGGAGCAAGAGCUGCGGUUGAGGAAAAUGGCUUCGAAGAUUAGUUUGGGGGUUGAUGUCUGCAUGACCAUGGAACGAAAAUUCUACUUCAACCUUCAAGAGGUUCAGGAAGCCCUUCAUGCUAACCGUACCAAAUUGCCUUACCGUUGGUCGAUGUGCAGUUCUAUGAUAAAUUACAGCGACACCGAUGGUAACAUCAACAUACUUCCGUUGAUUAGAAGGAUAAUCGAAUUUCAAAUCCCAGUUUGGGUAUUCAGUGGGGAUCAAGAUUCUGUCGUACCCUUGUUGGGAUCUCGAACUCUCGUCCGUGAACUCGCACAUGAUCUAAAGUUCAAAAUUACGGUCCCAUAUGGGACUUGGUUCCACAAAGGCCAGGUUGGAGGUUGGGUGAUCGAGUAUGGAAAUCUGUUGACGUUUGCGACAGUAAGGGGCGCUGCUCAUAUGGUACCUUAUGCGCAGCCAUCUAGAGCAUUGCAUCUGUUUAGUUCAUUUGUUGGUGGCCGGAGACUGCCUAAUUCAACUCGCCCUUCAAUUGGGGAUUAGAUAAGUUUUGUACACAGAUUACUCAUACUUCAUAUGCAUUCUGGAAAAUGGUAAAGAAGAAAAUAAUUAAACAUUCAAUCCCCCCAGUCUGGGGGCAAUUUACAAUGUUGAGUUAUAUGGUUUCUACCACUUAGUUUCUUCUUAUUGAGUUCUUUGAAAAGUUGGGUAUGAAUUGGAAUGAAAAAUAAAUUAAUUCUCUGGAUUUCUUUUGUUCGAUA